GCAACAACAUAAUACGCACCAUUCAUUAAGCCAACAUCAGACGUUACACACCGAGCCUAUCAUCUCAAAUUACCUGUUUACCAAACUGGAAAUAUUUUAACAACCGCAUAUCAAAUUCUUUGUUUUUUUUUGAAUUAAAACAAUGUGUUGGCGACAAUGGGUUAUAUUUCACUGUGGUGAUUUGCGUUAUGUUGAAUUCCGCUGCGACCAAAAUCCAUCCAAUCGGCCAUUCGAGAGUUGUGACACUCGCCAGACUACAGCAAUAUCAAGGGCCGCAACAUGUGCGAUAAGUCAUCCCGAUCCAGACCUGUUGUCAUUUCCAGGAAGGUGUGUCGAUUGGGGACGAAUACCCGGUAACACGUUUGGCAAUGCUGAGAACGUGAUAUUCAAUACGUUCACUUGGAUUGUUUGCAGUAAAGAAUGGCAUACCGCAAAUUCUGAGUUUUUCAACAAUUCCGCUCCCAAUCCCUGUAUAAAUGAUGCUUCAAGCAAUAGUAAGACUGGAACUUCUGAGGGUCUUCAAAAGAAAUUAAAAGUAGGCGCGCGGUACCCUGAAGAUAUCAUCACCAAGACUAGCGACAUUGUUGACAGUGAUUCUCUACCAUGACCUGAGAUAUUUAAAGGUCGUUUUCUCAAAUGAUACGAACGCAGCGAGUAAGAAAUCACAAUUGCAUGUGGUUAAGGAAGCCUAUAGAAUUGAGGAAAUGGCUGAGAUCCAAACUCCAAUUAAAUGUCUUUGAGGUCUCAGGCAACAGGGUGCACGGCAAAAUAUCUUUGGUGGCCAGAAUAGCGUGGUUUUAGGAGUACUGCAACGGAAAACCUCUACAUGCUUGGCGUAGCGAAAUGAACAUAAAUUAUUUGAAUCCUACUAGGGAGCAUCUCAAUGCUUAGAUUGCAGUUGAAAAUAAAGCCUUUUAAUUGCUGCAUUUAAUUAGAAGGGUUAUAAUUACCCAAAAUGUUGACUGCA